CGGGGCCCGAGCCCGAGCGGAGCCGAGCGGAGCCGCCCCGCCGCCGCCGCCGCCGCCCAUGGCCCCCUGAGCCGCCGCCGCCGCCGCCGCCGCGCCCGGGCGGCCAUGAAGCCGCUGGAGAAGUUGCUGAAGAAGCCGGGCUCGCACCUGCCCGCCCGCCCCGCCGCCGCCCCGGGAGCGGCGCAGGGCUCGGCACCGGCGGCGCGGCGGCAGAGCCUGUCGCGCCCGGCCGCCUCCCCCGAGGAACCGGCGGGGCCGGCGGGGCCGCUGCCGGGGGGCGAGGGCCGCUGGCUGGAGCUGCGGCCGCCCGACGCGCCGCUCCGCUCCCCGGAGGACCCGUCCCCGGCUGGUGACCGCGACCGGGACCGGGAGCCGCCGAGCCCCGAAGCGCCGCCCGCCGCCCGCUGCUGCUGCGGCUGCGGCUGCGGCCCCGCCGCGCCCGCGCCCCCCGAGCGGCUCCUGGCCGCGCUGCUGGAGCGGCUGCCGGCGGGCGGCGCGCACGGCCGCGGCUGCGGAGCAGAGUCGCUGCUGGAUGACAUCGUGCUCACACACUCCCUUUUCCUGCCCACCGAGCGCUUCCUGCAGCAGCUGCACCAGCACUUCGUGCUGGCGGCGGGCAGCCCCCUGCCACGCUGGGAGGAGGGGGCUGGGCUGCGGCGCAAGCGGGCAGUGCUGGCCGUGCUGCUGCAUUUCCUUGAGACCUACAAGGGGCUGCUGCAGGAGGAGGAGAGCGCCGGGAAGGUGAUCAAGGAGCUCUACCUGCUCAUCAUGAAGGACACGUCCCUCUACCAGGACCUGGAGGAUGAGAUCCUCAAGCUGCACCAGCUCGUGGAGACCGUGGAGCUCAAGUGAGCAGGGGGACGCCCCCCCCCCAACAAGCAGGUGAAGCCGCUGUUCAGGCAUUUUCGCCGCAUCGACUCGUGCCUGCAGACGCGGGUGGCUUUCCGGGGCUCCGACGAGAUUUUCUGCCGCGUGUACAUGCCCGACCACUCGUACGUCACCAUCCGCAGCCGCCUCUCGGCCUCGGUGCAGGACAUCCUGGCCUCUGUCACCGAGAAGCUGCAGUACUCGGAGGAGCAGAGUGCCCGCGAGGACGCCCUCAUCCUCGUCACCAUGGCCUCAUCCGGAGAGAAAGCGGUGCUGCAGCCCAGCGAGGAGUGCGUCUUCACCACCCUGGGCAUCAACAGCCACCUCUUCGCCUGCACCAGGGACACCUUCGACUCCCUGGUGCCGCUGCCUGAGGAGAUCCAGGUGGUCCCCGGGGACACGGAGAUCCACCGCGCGGAGCCGGAGGAGAUCGCCAACCACCUCACCGCCUUCCACUGGGAGCUCUUCCGCUGCAUCCACGAGCUGGAGUUCGUGGAUUACGUGUUCCACGGGGAGCGGGGCCGGCGGGAGACGGCCAACCUGGAGCUGCUGCUGCAGCGGUGCAGCGAGGUGCAGCACUGGGUGGGCACCGAGCUGCUGCUCUGCGAGGCGCUGGGCAAGCGCGCCCACCUCCUCAAAAAGCUCAUCAAGAUCGCGGCCAUAUGCAAGCAGAACCAGGACAUGCUCUCCUUCUACGCCAUUGUCAUCGGGCUCAACAACGCUGCCAUCAGCCGCCUGCGCCUCACCUGGGAGAAGCUCCCGGGGAAAUUCAAGAACCUGUUUCGGAAGUUCGAGAACCUGACGGACCCCUGCAGGAACCACAAGACCUACCGGGAGGUGCUGGCCAAGAUGAAACCCCCCCUCAUCCCCUUUGUGCCGCUUAUCCUCAAAGAUCUGACCUUCCUGCAUGAAGGCAGCAAGACCCUCCUGGACGGGCUGGUCAACGUGGAGAAACUGCACUGCAUCGCCGAGAAAGUGAGGACCAUCCGCAAGUACCGGAGCCGCCCGCUCUGCCUGGAGCUGGAGGCCUCCCCCGGGCAGCUGCAGACCAAGGCCUACGUGCGGCAGCUGCGCGUCAUCGACAACCAGAACCUGCUCUUCGAGCUCUCCUACAAGCUGGAGCCCGGCAGCCAGUGAGGGCCGGGGGGCCCCCGCCUGGGGACCCCCACCCGCCGGGGGGCCCGCCCCCCCCAGCACUGACGCACUUUGGCCAGGGGACCCCGGCCUGGGCAGGGCGGGGGGUGCAGCGGGGUGCUGCCCCCCACCCUUGGCACGGGGUGGGGUGGGGGGUUGGGGACCCCGGGCGCAUCCCCCCCCCCUCCUCCAUGUCCCCCAUGUCCCCCUGGCUCCCCACUGUCCC